CACGCUCCAUCAGCCUCGCUUUAGCAGGGCGCUGGCCCUCUCAGCGGCGGUCUGGUUUCCCCGACGUGUUUUGUUUGCGACGCUGUCGUGUAGCAGCGCGCUUUACGGCCGCGGGGACGGAGCCAGCCGGCGCCAGGGCCCCUCGGGCCGGGAAGCGGGGAAGGAGAGCAAGGUUGAUGCCCGGCGGAGGGGCAAGCACGGCGUCUGGCCGGCUUCUCAUCGCCGCGGAGCAGAGAGGGUCCCAGGAAGCGGCAGGGUCGGCGUCCAGGAGCGGCUUCGGGGGCUCCAGCGGCGGCAGAGGCGGAGCAAGCGGCCCCGGGUCCGGGAGGGGAAGCCCUGGAGGCGCCGCGGGCAGGAUGAGCUUGACCCCGAAGGAGCUCUCGAGCCUGCUGAGCAUCAUCUCGGAGGAGGCGGGCGGCGGCAGCACCUUCGAGGGCCUGUCCACCGCCUUCCACCACUACUUCAGCAAGGCCGACCACUUCCGCCUGGGCUCGGUGCUCGUCAUGCUGCUCCAGCAGCCCGACCUGCUGCCCAGCGCGGCGCAGCGCCUCACGGCGCUCUACCUGCUCUGGGAGAUGUACCGCACCGAGCCGCUGGCCGCCAACCCCUUCGCCGCCAGCUUCGCGCACCUUCUCAACCCCGCGCCGCCAGCCCGCGGCGGCCAGGAGCCGGACCGCCCUCCGCUCUCAGGAUUUUUACCUCCUAUAACUCCACCAGAAAAGUUUUUUCUUUCCCAGCUGAUGCUGGCACCCCCACGGGAACUCUUCAAAAAGACACCUCGCCAGAUUGCACUGAUGGAUGUUGGAAACAUGGGCCAGUCUGUGGACAUUAGUGGGCUUCAGUUAGCCUUGGCCGAGCGCCAGUCAGAAUUGCCAACACAAAGCAAAGCGAGCUUCCCCAGCAUUCUCAGUGACCCAGACCCAGAUUCUUCUAAUUCUGGAUUUGACAGCUCAGUUGCCUCUCAGAUCACAGAAGCUUUAGUCAGCGGACCAAAGCCACCUAUCGAAAGCCAUUUUCGACCAGAGUUUAUUCGUCCACCGCCUCCACUCCACAUUUGUGAGGAUGAACUGGCUUGGCUAAACCCCACAGAACCUGACCACGCGAUCCAGUGGGAUAAAUCGAUGUGUGUUAAGAAUAGCACUGGUGUGGAGAUCAAGCGAAUAAUGGCCAAAGCCUUCAAAAGCCCCUUAUCCUCUCCCCAACAAACACAGCUCCUUGGUGAGUUGGAAAAAGACCCCAAACUUGUCUACCACAUUGGCCUCACUCCAGCCAAACUUCCUGACCUUGUGGAAAACAACCCUUUAGUCGCUAUAGAAAUGUUGCUGAAAUUAAUGCAGUCAAGCCAGAUCACUGAGUACUUCUCCGUCCUCGUCAAUAUGGACAUGUCUUUACAUUCAAUGGAAGUUGUAAAUCGACUAACUACAGCUGUUGAUCUACCUCCUGAGUUUAUUCACCUUUAUAUAUCAAAUUGCAUCUCUACUUGUGAACAAAUUAAGGAUAAAUAUAUGCAGGUAAUAGAAAUUUUUGUAAAUUUCAUAAAUAUCUGCCAGGUAAAUGAGAACACUAACAUUUUUUUUUUCCUUUUUCAGAAUCGGUUGGUGCGUCUUGUGUGUGUGUUUCUCCAAUCCUUGAUCCGUAACAAAAUUAUUAAUGUACAGGAUUUGUUUAUAGAAGUGCAGGCAUUCUGUAUUGAAUUCAGUAGGAUACGAGAAGCUGCUGGUCUUUUCCGGUUGUUGAAGACACUGGAUACCGGGGAAACACCUUCGGAGACCAAAAUGUCAAAAUAAUACCUCAUCACAUCAGAACCAUCCCUUUUGUUCACCGUUCAGCUGUAUUGUGAUUUAGUUUUUACACCGUUAAAACUCUGAGUGGACUGCUUGGUCUAAUGCAUAGAAACAAUAUCUACUUUUAAAGUUUUGCUUUCUUGGAUGACUUUUUCUGGGAGAUGAAUUUUUGAUAAGAACUGGAGAAAACGUGGCUUUUAGGUUCUUGCUGGUAACAAUCCAUAGGACGAAUGUCUAUCCCAAAAAAAGUUGCUGCAAAAAAAGUAGUUUUUUUAAAAAGUACUAAAGAACAAAAUGCAUUUUUCAUUAAUACAGGCUUCUGAUGAACCAGGAAUCCAGUUUUCGUAAAGUUCCAAUGUUGAAAACACUUUAGAGUAAAUUCUUAAGCAUUUGUGAUACUGUCCUUGAGGUAAAAGCAGCUGAAUGUUCCUGAACCAUCAAGAGGCAAACAGGAGUUUGGUUCUUGCACCUGCUUAUGGACACAGCUCUUAACUCCUCAUGAGGCACAGUAUGAAUGAAGGAUUUACUUACAACUUUCUCCUUGUCAUGGAGGCUUAAUACACAACAGAAUAAAUGCAUUUCUUGGGCCUCUUACAAACUUGGGAGCUCUUAGAAAGCUGCUUCUGUUAACAGGCUGUAAUAGCUGGUAUGUUUUUUGUUUUAUCUCUUAGGAUGUUCUUAGUCUGAGAUGGCCAUUUUUUUUGUUUUGUUUUAAGGAAAAACAUCAGUCAGUGUUCUGGGAGGUAAUUUCCUGUGGGCUCUGCACCCUCCUGUCUCAGAUGUGGGUUUGAGAAAGUAGAGCAGGGUGGUACCGUGUGGGCUUUUACCCCUUACAUAAUUUUGGACAACAGUGCCUUCCAUUAAAGUUCUUUUUAUCAACU